AUGUCCCAAAUAGAAAAACCAGUGAUUCCUGAAUCACCAGUGAUUCCUGAAUAUCACAACGAACCUUCAUCCUCCUCCGCCGAUGAUCAUCACCACAAUAACCCACCUCUUACGCUAGACUUCAGCGCCGCUGCCAUCAAAAAUUAUUGUUUAACCCGUUUCACCUCCAUUAUCCCAUCCAAAAAAGAAUUCCAAACCAACAGCAAAUCAGAAAUAUUCAAUCCUUUCAAGCCACUUAGAGAGCUAACUGGCCGUCAAUGGAAUUUCUUCUUUGCUGGGUUUUGGUGUUGGACAUGGGAUGCUUUUGGAUACUUUUCUGUUGCCUUAAAUGUUGCUCAACUCGCUAAAACUUUUGACGUGCCUACCACCACCAUCACUUGGGGUAUUACUUUGGUGCUCAUGCUUAGAACUGUCGGGGCAGUGGUCUUCGGGUUGGUCGCCGAUAGAUACGGUAGAGUUUAUCCAUUAGUGGUGGCGAUGGUUGCAGUUACAGUGCUUCAAUUGGGUCUUGGGUUUGUCCAUACUUAUAAACAAUUUUUGGCGGUCAGAGCGCUUUUUGGGAUUUUCAUGGGUGGGAUUUUCGGCCCAGCUGCCGCGUUAUCUCUUGAAGAUUCUCCAGUUAAGGCCCACGGGAUGCUUAGUGGGAUGUUUCAACAAGGAUAUGCUUUUGGAUACUUGUUGGUCAUUUGUUUCCAAAGAGCUAUCACUGAUAACUCUAGCCAUGGCUGGAGAAGUCUUAUGUGGUUUUCUGCUGGACCAUCGGUAUUGUUUGCCAUUUGGGUGGUGUUGCUUGGGGAAACCGAUUCUUUCAAAAAACAUCGUGAAUUGUCUCUUAUGAACCAUUCGGAAUCUCCUGGUAAAAGAUUUGCUCAACAAGGUAAAGUGGCCCUCAAGCAAUAUUGGUUGGUUAUCGUUUAUAUGGUGUUGCUCAUGGCCGGUUUCAACUUUAUGUCUCAUGGGAGUCAGGAUUUGUACCCAACUUUGCUUUCUGUCGAAUUAGGGUUUGGCAACGAUAGAUCCACCGUGACUAAUGCCGUGGCCAACUUGGGGGCAAUUACCGGGGGGCUAAUCUUUGGACAUGCCAGUAACUUCCUUGGAAGAAGAUCGACAAUUAUGAUUUGUUGUAUUGGGGGUGGUGCCUUGAUUUACCCAUGGGCGUUCCUUAAAAGCAGUGCCAUCAAUGCUGGGGCUUUCUUCCUCCAAUUCUUUGUCCAAGGGGCCUUUGGGGUGGUUCCUAUCCAUUUAAGUGAGUUGUCUCCACCACAGUUCAGAUCUUUUGUCUCUGGUAUUGCUUAUCAAUUGGGUAACUUGGCUUCUUCAGCAUCUUCCACCAUCGAAUCCACCAUCGGAGAAAGAUUCCCACUUUACGACUCGAACGGCCUGAUCAUUGAUGGUAAAUUCAAUUACUCUAAGGUCAUGGCGAUUUUCAUGGGUUGUGUUUUCGGAUACCUUUUAUUGAUCACUUUUGUUGGUCCUGAAAACAAGGAUGCCGAUUUGGGAUUCAGUAAUGAAGUGAAUGAUAGUGAACCAGCCAGUGAGACUUCCAGUUCAAAAGAGGUUGAUUCUCAAAAACUUCAUGAAACUCGCCAUGAACAAGUUUGA